GCGAAACCGAACUGGCGAUGAUUGGCGUUCCAGUUGGCGCUUCUACGGCGAUGAAGCAAAAAUGACGAGGUAACGGGAGUAGCGGUGAUCUGUGUGGAGCGGGCGAUGGAGGGAGUGUCGUGUGUCCGCUGUGCUGUUCAGGUGUGUGUAGUUCUUGUCACUCACUCCCGAGUGGCCAUCCGCCAUGGCGGACACAGGUGGGCGGCCCGGGUGGGUGGGCUGGUGGCAAUGGAUGCACAGCAAUGACGUUGAAGCGCAUCGUGUGUUCUCUGCCGAUUGUCGCUCUUUCAGAUAACGUUGGUUUUGACGCGUUGGCCCAGGAGGCCAUCGACACUCAGACGGUGAGCCGUGGCGCAUCAGAACCGCUGCAUGUGCCAGCCCUUCUGCAUUGUGUUGUGUUGUGUUGUGUUGUGUAUGUCUCUGGUUAGGAGAGCAUUGGUGAGGCGUUGGGGAAGGUGCGAGGCCUCGUCAACCAGUUUGCGGAGUUUCAGGCGCAGGUCACACACACACAAAGAUAGCAUCACAUGGACACACACGAAGAGAGGCAGAGUGCACCUGGAUUGUUUUCUCUCUCUGUGUGUUGUCUCUGCGUGUGCAGGCGCGAGAGUUGUUGGGUUUUCUGACUUCCAAGGUGCGCAUCAGAUUACACCACACCACUCGGACGCCAGAGAGCGGGCAUGCAUGGGCUGCUGCUCUCCUGCUCUCUCUCUCCCUCCGUCCGUGUGUGGGUGUGGGUGCGUACAGGACACGGUCCGCGAUAGUCGUUUGCAUCUGAUUAAUCGCGCCAUCCACAAUUUUACCGACGCGUACCGGGCCUAUGGCAAGGGCCUCUCGCGCAUCGCAGGGGUGGCGGGGGUACGCUCCCAUCCACACACACAUACACACACUCCCAUCCCAGAGAGAGAGGAAGGAUCCAUCUCUUUCCUCUCUCUCUCUGUGUGUGUUGGUUGUGUGUGGCUGCAGUUGGAGGGCCAUGGCAAGACGUUCAAGCUGGUGAAGCGCGCUGAGCCGCCCAAGAAGAAACCGGGCUCAUCGAAGAAGAAGAGAAAAUCGGGCAAACAGGUCGGUCACGCCGCACCGACACAUGAAGCGCACCAACACCGAACACCAAUUCUUGUGUGUCGUGUGCCGUGUGCUGCCUGUGUGUGUGUGUGUGUGUGUGUGUGCAGGCUGCAUUGCGACGUUCCCAGCAGCAGCAGCAGGGCCGCCCCGACCUCUUCUCGCUGCUGCCCGACGUGAUUCGCGACAACCUGCUGCCCCUGCUGACCCCCUCGGACACCUGCUCCCUGGGCGCCAGCGCCGCAUCGGUGGGAAGCAGCCAGGUGGGUGCCGCCGUCGCAUCGGGCAUCGACAAGUGCAUCCGCACCGAGAACCUCGGCGACGUGCUGUCCUACUCCACCAUCCGGGAGUCGACCUCCGCCCGCCGGUUCUCGCAGAUGGUGCGGCUGCACUACGCGAUGGAGAAGGGGGGCUGCUGGCGGCGGAGCGGGCACAUGAUCCGCGUCGCCAAGCACCACGGGUGGGUCAGGUCGCUGCCCAUCGAGCUCACCCCCGCCAGCCUGGAGCGAGCCGGCACCAAGACUGAGAUCGACCGGCGGUCCCCGAUGUCGGCGGUGCAGCUGAUGCUCUUCACCGACCGCCUCACGCGCAACGGGGCCAAUGUGGAGCUGGACCAGAACCCGGUGUAUCAUGGCCUGGGUAAGCUCACACAUGGAUGGAUGGAUGGAUGGGUGGGUGGGCUGGGAGAGAGAGGGGAUGCAUUUGAUUGUGUGUCAUUUAAACGUUUGUGUGCAGGUGGCCAGGUGUUUGGUGGCGAGUAUCGCAUCGGCGGCAGGACGGUGCAGGACCUGACGAGCAGGGUGACGGGCUCCCUGCUGUCCAACGGCGACGCGGUGCCAGACUCGGGCGAGAAGCUCCUCGAGUGUAAGGGUAAGUGUAUGUAAGUCUGUCCACUCCACCACACACGACAAACAACACAGUGACUCACUCUCUCUUGCUCUCCUUCCUUCCUGUCUGUCUGUCUGUCUGUCUGUCAGGUUCGGGCUACUACUACCAAUCGCUGCACGACCCCAUUUUCUGCCGGUGAAUGGAAUGCUCCAUCCAUCCAUCCAUCAGGGCCGCCUCACCGCCUCAUGGCAACACGCCGUCCUCCGCAUUCAUCUCUCUCUCUCUCUCUCUCUUGUGUGUGUGUGUGUUGUGUCUUCUGCAGGGUGCAGAGUGACUGGGGACACAAGGUCGCGUCAACGGGUGAGAUCUACCCGCGGGAGACCGCCCGCUUCAAACGCGUCGAAAAACUCAGCCAGUCGGGGCCGCUGUACAGCAACGCCUGGUCGACCCGCAGCAGCUGGCACUCGGUACACCCACCCACCCACACCACACACACAACCAUGAGCCAUGCACCGCACACAAUACAUCUGCUUGUCUCUCUCUCUCUCUCUCUCUCUGUGUGUGUGUGUGUGUGUUGUGUGCAGGUGGUUCGCCAUCUGACGCUGUACGGGCACGAGAAGGACGACGAGUUCACUGUGCAUCUGCGGAUCACGGCCAUCAAGGAGGGCCACGUGGAGGUGUCGCUGUGCACCACAGAGCCCGCCCCGCACACACGGGCCAUCGCCAAGGCGUACGAGAAGAUGGGCGAGGAGGAGGUGAUGCUCAUCUUCGGCAAGGAGGGCAUAGUGGCCGGUGGAGACGACCUCAGACACAACUGAGGUGGGCGGAUGCCUAACGUAGUCAACAGGUGGGCGGAUGGGGUGGGUGGCUGAAGAAGAUAAUGGCUAUCACAUAAAGGCGAUCUGUGUGUGUGUGUCUGUGUGUGGGUGUGUGCGCAGUGGAGUAGACGUUGGAGACGGCGGUUGGCACCCCCUGUUUGCUGGCUAAUUCUUGGGUGUGAAUGAGAGUGAGAGUGCGUGUGGCGAUAGGUGAAGACGUCCCUGCCCCUGCGUGGGUGGGUCACACUGUGUGUUGCUCUGUCUGUUUAAGAAGCCAGCCCCCCCUCCCCAUCCCCCCCAGUCUGUGUGCUGCUGCUGGAUGCAUCAUCCCAUCUGUCCCAUCCGUCCAGCCAUCGAUCCAUCCAUCCAUCCAUCCAUCCAUCCAUCCGCGGAUGGGAUAUAUGCCCUUUCAUGUGUCCCCAUGUGCAUGUGCUGCAUGUGCGGACCUUUUAUCCAUUGGUUCGUCUGGUUGGUCGCCGAUGGAGGCAUCCCAUCCAUGUGUGCGUUGAUGCAUCCAAUGAAUGACACGGACUGAAUUCAGGUCCAUCCUUCCUAAGACGUUUUUGCC